AUGGUGGAUGACCUAGUGGAGCCUUCAGGGUUUAUAGGAACCUGCAGUCGUGAUGGUGGUGUGAGUAUAGACCUGAACCACGGGACGACCAUCCUGGCCUUCAAGUUCAAACAUGUGGCUGUGGACUCCAGAGCCUCACCAGGCCGUUACUUGGCGUCCAACGACGUCAACAAGGUGAUAGAGAUCAACCCCUACCUGCUGGGCACCAUGUCGGGCAGCGCUGCAGACUGCCAGUACUGGGAGAGACUCCUGGCCAAAGAAUGCAGGCUGUACAGGCUGAGGAGCAACCACAGGAUCUCUGUGGCUGCUGCCUCCAAGCUGCUGUGCAACAUAAUGCUGGGCUACAGAGGCAUGGGCCUCUCUAUGGGAAGCAUGAUCUGUGGAUCUCUGUGCCAAAACAAAGGAGAAUCCUUUUUCUUCACUUCCUGUGAAGCAGAGCCUAGAAAUAGAAACGUCCUCGCUUCCGUGACUCAGGAACAGCUGCUGUUGCAGCGGCUGGAUAAAGGUGUGUAAGGACGACGUAUCCGA